CACCCGAAGUCGGCCGGAAAGACUUGCCCGUCAAGCGAGGCGGCCUAGCAACUUCCCCGACUGGAGCGGGACGUCGAGCGGAAGUGGACGGAAACAGCCGGCCGUUCCCGAAGCGGGAGCGGAGAUUCCCGAGCGGGCUCGAAAGGAGUGUCGGAGGUCACCGCACGGCGCCGAAGCCUUCUCCGGAAGCAGCCGAACGCCCCCGAAGCUCCGGGGAGGGCAGGCAGCGGCGCCACACAAGAUGGCGGACGGGGAGGAGGUUACUCUGGACGGGAGGCCGCUCCAGGCGCUGCGAGUCGCCGACCUCAAGGCGGCUUUGGAGCAGCGCGGUUUGGCGAAGAGCGGGCAGAAGAGCGCGUUGAUCAAGCGCCUCCGCGGGGCACUGAUGCUUGAAAACCUCCAGAAGCACUCGACACCCCACACCACCUUCCAACCCAACUCCCAGAUUGGUGAGGAGAUGAGCCAAAACAGCUUCAUCAAACAGUACCUGGAAAAACAGCAGGAGCUGCUGAGGCAGCGGCUGGAACGGGAGGCCCGGGAAGCUGCAGAUCCGGAAAGCAAGGGGUGUGUUGUGUCCAGAGAGAGAGAAGAGUCUGAUGAAGAAGGAGCCCGAAGACAAGAGCAACAUCCUUCACGGGUUAGACAGACCAGAAACAUUAAGGCCCCGGGAGGUGCCCAUGCUCCCAGCAGUGAAGAGCGGGAGACAUCUCUUCGAAGUCGAAGGGCUGUACAGCGGGUGCCCAUGAAAGACGAAGAAGAAGAGGAGGAGGAAGAGGAAGAAGAGGAGGAGGAGGACGAUGACGAGGAGGAAGAGGAAGAAGAAGAAGCUGCCCUUCUGCCAAAGGGGCAGGCCGUGCCGGAAACAUCAGCUGUCCCAGAGCAGGGCGUAGGCCAGGCUUCAGCCCCCAUUCCUCCAGAGGCCCAGCUCAAAGAGGCAGUGGCUAAGACCCUGGAGGCUCAGGAAAGUGAAGUGGCCGCGCCGCGCCUUUCUCCUCUCUCUAAGCCUCUGGCUGAGAGGCAGCUGGACCCUGCAGUGGUAGAAUGCAGGAAAGAGCAGCAAGUCACCGUCGCUCAUGAUCCCCUGGAGGGAGAGGAGGGGCCUGGGGUGCCAGAUCUCCAGGGAAAGGAGCCUGUUGAAGCCCCAGAACUGGAGGCCGCAUCCAGGCCACCAGAAGUACAAGAGGACAGAACAGCAUUGGAAGCUGUACAGGAGGAGCAGCAAGGGGUGACUGGGAUGCACAUGGAGGCCGUGUCAAGCCUGGGGGAGGGGAGAGCUGGUCCUCUGCAGCCCCAUGAGGAGGUGGAGGAGCCCCCGGGACCAGAGGACCAGGAGGAAGCUGCAGAGGCCCUGAGAACGCUGGAGGAGGCGGCGGCGGCUGCAGCAGCUCUGGUCCAGGCAUCCCCGUCUCCCCCCCAGCUGAUUGAAGCACAACACCCCCAGCAAGACCACAUUGCAGACGAGCCCCCUCCUCCUCUCCUGACCAUAGAAGCCCCGGCUGGAUCCAGCCCUCCAGAAGACGAAGCCCCUCCUCAGCUCUCUCGGCCAUCUCCCCCCUCUCAGGAACUACCAGCCACAGCCAGCCCCGGUAUCUCAGAGGACCGGACUGGCCACUCUCCCUCCCCCUUGCCUCUGCCGCAGCACCGACGCGAGAGGCCAGGAGGCUACAGCUCCUCCCGCUCCUCGUCCUCCUCCGCAUCCAGUUCCUCCAGAUCCCGCUCUCGGUCCCGGGGUAGUUCGCAGCCACGGUCCCGCACAAGAAGACCCCGUUCUGGCUCUUCUGAGUCACCCCCAAGGAAACGGCGGGCCUCGCAAUCCCGGUCCCGGUCUGGCUCUGAGCGACGUUCAAGUUCCUCCUCCAAGUCACGUUCUAGAUCUCAUUCUAGAUCCCGCUCCAGCAGUGAGAGCAGCCGGAAGUCCCGCAGCCCUGAAGCUUCGAGGGACAGCAGCACCAGCUACCCCCACACCAAAGAGUCCUCCCCACCAGGGGAGAGCCCCCCUGCCCACCAGGAUGUGUCAUCAAGUCCCAGGGAAGAGGGAAGAACAACCCCUUCCCCACCUCCGGACCCCCCGAGACACCCCAGCCAUAUACAGAAGGAGCAGCACGAAGCAGAAACAGAGCGCGCCAUGCCGGAGCGAGACCCUUCAGAGCCCUCCUUUUCCAUGGAGGCUCCAGGCCUAGACAGCAGGGCCCCCGUCUCAGAGCCACAGCGUCCCCCUGAGCGGAGGCACAGCAAAAACGAGGAGAAGCAAGAGGUGCCUAUGGAGCAGUCGGAGCCCCGACCUGAGAGCGAGGCCCCCGAGCCUGGCUCUGACGAUCACCCUUCUGCAGAGCCCAGCGGCCCCGACGUGGUCCCUGAAGAUGAGGAGAAGAAAGAGGGUUCAGCCCAGCCUAAAGCCUUCAAGAGAAAGAUAUCUGUUGUCUCAUCAGCAGUGGCCAAGGGGACACCAGCAGCGACAAACAGUGACACAGAGGGAAGCCAGCCAGGAGGCCGGAAACGGCGCUGGGGGGCCAGCACAGCUGCCACGCAGAAGAAGCCUUCCAUCAGCAUCACCACAGAGUCCCUCAAGAGCCUGAUCCCAGAGAUCAAGCCACCGCCAGGGGGCCAAGAAGUGGUGGUGGACCUCCAUGCCGAUGACUCACGCAUCUCAGAAGAUGAAGCGGAGCGGCACACAGAGGAACCGGCCCACGAGAAAGCCCUCAAGAUCUGCCGCACCGUUACACAGGUGGUACCAGCUGAGAGCCAGGAGAACGGUCAAGGAGAGGAAGAGGAAGAGGAGGAAAAGGCCCGUGAGGAAGAGCCCCCUGAGCCCCCUCCUGUUGUUGCCGUAGAGACUGUGCUGCCACCACCCCCUGUAGAACAUGAAGUGAAAACAGUCACGCUGAGCGAUACGCUGACAAGGCGGUCUAUCAGCCAGCAGCGUUCAGGUGUGUCUAUCACCAUUGAUGACCCGGUCCGCACGGCUCAGGUCCCCUCUCCCCCACGCGGUAAGGUCAGCAGCAUCGUCCACAUCUGCAACCUGGUGAGGCCGUUCACUCUGGGGCAGCUGAAGGAGCUGCUGGGCCGGACGGGCACAUUGGUAGAGGAAGCCUUCUGGAUCGACAAGAUCAAAUCCCAUUGCUAUGUCACGUACUCAGCGGUGGAGGAAGCUGUUGCAACCCGGAACGCCCUCCAUGGGGUCAAGUGGCCGCAGUCGAACCCCAAGUUCUUAUCAGCUGACUUUGCUGAACAAGAUGAGCUGGAUUUCCACCGGGGUCUGCUGGCCGAGCGUCCAGCAGAAGCAAAGGCCGACGAACCCUUGGCGCUCCCGGGGGUUGGCCCAGCAGCACGAGGGGAGCGUGAGAUGCCCCGGCGCUCAGAAGCACGGGAGCGGGAGGCAGCCGUGCGGGAACAGUGGGCUGAACGGGAGCGCGAGAUGGAGCGGCGGGAGCGUACGCGGGCAGAAAGGGAGUGGGACCGCGACAAGGUGCGGGAGGGGCCACGCUCUCGCUCCCGCUCCCGGGAGAGACGCCGCAAGGAGCGGCCCAAGUCGAAGGAGAAGAAAGCGGAGAAGAAGGCAGAAAAGGCUCAGGAGGAGCCCCCUGCCAAGCUGCUGGAUGACCUUUUCCGCAAAACCAAGGCAGCUCCGUGCAUUUACUGGCUUCCGCUCACAGACACCCAGUAUGUUCAGAAGCAGGCAGAGCGAGCGGCCAGAGCCCGGGAACGCGAACGCCGGCGCAAAGAACAAGAAGCAGAGGAAGCCCGCCAGCAAGAGCGCAGCCGUCAAGCCGAGCGGGAGAAGAGGCGGGAACAUAGCCGAGAACGGGAGCGCGAGCGGCCCAACGCGACGGGAGGCAGGGCCAGCAGGGGAGGCGAACGCAGUGGCCGGGAUCGUGAGCGACGCGAGGCAAAGACCCGCCACAGCCGAAGCCGGAGUCGCAGUACACCUGUACAGGACAGGGGGGGGCGCCGUUGAACUAUUCCAACAUCUUUACUUUGAUCUUCUGAGGGGAGGGGGUGGCGUCACUUCCCCCAAAGCUAGCCCUGGUGGGUGGGUGGGGGACUGGGGCAAACAGGUUUGGGUUUUUCCUUUCCAGCAGCAAUGAGGGGAGAAGAAGGGCGUAUGCGUGGAAGGGCCCCAUGGCUGUCUCAUCUUCCUCCAAAGGGGGAGCAUUUCAUCCCUUACCCCACCGCUCCUCUCUUUUCCUGGGGCCAGUUCCCUCCCCAUUAAUUUGUAUUUUAUUUUGGGGAAAUGGUUUUUUUUUUUUAUUCUGAUGAUACAGGAAAGAGAGCAUAAUAAAGAGAUGGCGUUAGUUUUA